AUGGCCGCAAUUAUCAAGAACGAAAACCAAAAAACUGACAUUCAGCAAUUAACCAAUCCCUUUCGAAUUCCAAAAGCGAGUGAUAUUUUGCCUUAUCACAGAAAAAUGAAUAUGGAAGCAGCCGAACGCCGGAAAGAGGAAAAUAAAUUACCGAUUCACCGGAAGUUCCCUCAGUCGUACAGAGGCGAUUAUCGAGCAAAAAUAAUUGAGGAAGCGUUGAAACCCGAGUCGGAUACGGAGAUAACUAAAAAUAAACUUAAUGAAAACGAGAAGACCACACAGGCAGUCUUAUGCGAAGCAGCUAGUAAAGUUAAUCGAGAGAAAGAGUCCAUCAGAGACUUCAUUUCCAAGAAAAGAGAAAUUUUUAUGCUUCAGUAUGCUACUCAAGUUAAACAGCAAGAAAUGAAACGCCUCAAAGAGUUAUCUGCAAAAGAGGAAAUUCAGCUUGAGAUUGCUGAAAAGAAAUUGGAAUUGGAUGCCGCUCUAUUUGACGAAUUUAUUAAAGAAAGUGACAAAAACGCAAUUUCCGAAGUAGCCAAGUAA